GUGUGGUGAAGAACGUGUUGUGUUGUGUUGUGUUGUGCUGUACGUCUCCAGUUCCAUCCACCACGUUACAAUGAAUGAGUUUAUGGACGAGUUGAAUCCAUCAAUGAUCAGCAUAGGCGUUUCUAAUAAGUGCUGAGUUUAUUUAUUUAUUUUAUUUUACAUCACUCCAUAAUGAGCAAAAACCAGAGAAUGAUGUUAGAUUAAAGUGAUUGUUGUUCAUCCAUUUCCAACACCAACGCAGAUUUUUCUUUCGUUUAUCUCAAAUCUCAAUUGCUUUAUCCUUUCCGUUGUGGGCCUUAGUAGCUUUCUGGGUCUAGCUAAUACUACUUGGAAAAAAAAAAAAUUUUAAGAUAUUUUCUCAGCAACCAUAUUGAUAUUGGAUGAUUACAAAGCAUUAUUAGAAUAUGAUGUUGGAUUGGUUUCAGUCUCAGAGGUUUAAAAAAUGAGAUGGACUUGUCUGAACACUAGGUCCUUUAGCUCUACUACAUUUUUCAAACAAACCCAUUUGUUCUCCCUGCUUUCCUUAACCAUAAACACCACUAAGUUUGAGUUUCAUGGUAUUCAAUCCUACUGCUACCACUCAACAAAUAAGUCAGCAAUUGGGUUACUUCAUGCUAAGGCUGUUAAGAGUGGUUCUUUUCAAAAUUUGAGUGUGGUUAAUUAUAUUCUGAGCCUGUCUGUGAAAUCUCAAUAUUUGGAUUAUGCACAAAAGGCGUUUGAUGAAAUUCCUGACAGAGAUGUCCGGACGUGGACGAUUCUCAUGUCUGGAUAUGCUCGAAUUGGGGCUUCUCGAAUGGUGUUGGACCUCUUUAGAGAGAUGCAAAUUGAGGGUGUUCUUCCUAAUCAAUAUACAUUGUCAAGUGUUUUAAAGUGUUGUUCCAGUGUAAGUGAUCUACGAACAGGUAAGGGAAUUCAUGGGUGGAUAUUGAGAAAUGGGAUUAAUUUGGAUGUUGUAUUGGAGAACUCUAUUCUUGACGUUUAUGUGAAGUGCGGGGCCUUUGAUUAUGCAAAGAAAUUAUUUGAAUUGAUGGUUGAGAAAGAUGCCGUGUCAUGGAAUAUAAUGGUUGGUGCAUAUCUGCAUAUGGGAGAUAUGGAGAAGUCUCUUAAUAUGUUCAGGAGUUUGCCCUACAAAGAAGUUUCAAGUUGGAAUACGAUCAUAGAUGGGCUAAUGCAAAAUGGGUAUGAAAGAACUGGACUGGAACUACUAUAUGAGAUGGUGAAAAAUGGACCUGCUUUCAAUAAAGUUACUUUUUCCAUAGCAUUGGUUUUGGUUUCUUCUUUAUACAUCAUGGAGUUUGGGAGACAAAUACAUGGCCGUAUUCUGAGGAUUGGUUUACAAAAAGAUGGGUUUGUGAGGACAUCACUUAUAGAUAUGUAUUGUAAGUGUGGGAAAAUGGAAAAAGCAUCAAUGAUCUUCAGAAAAAUGCCUCUGAAUGGUGUGAGAAAUCAAAACUCCAAGAUUACUUUCGAUGAAUCAAUGACAGAAAUUGUUUCAUGGAGUUCAAUGGUUUCUGGAUAUGUUCGGAACGGGGAGUAUGAAGAGGCUAUGAAAUUGUUUAUCUCUAUGGUCUGGGAACAAGUUGAGGUGGACAAAUUUACUACUACAAGCAUUGUUUCUGCAUGUGCUAAUGCUGGAAAUUUGGAACUUGGUCGCCAGAUCCAUGCAUAUGUUCUGAAAGUUGGGCACACAAUGGAUGUUCACCUUAGUUCCUCGUUAAUUGACAUGUAUGCUAAAUGUGGAUGCUGGGAUGAUGCUUGGACAACUUUCAAGCAAACUGCUAAUCUGAAUGUUGUGUUGUGGACUUCAAUGAUAACUGGCUGUGCUUUACAUGGGCAGGGGAGGCAAGCUGUUUGUCUUUUUGAGCAAAUGAUGUGUGAGGGAAUUAAACCAAAUGAGGUUACUUUUGUAGGGGUUUUAACUGCAUGUAGCCAUGCAGGGUUGCUUGAAGAAGGCUGCAAGUAUUUCAGGUUGAUGAAGGAAUUUUAUGGCAUUAAACCUGGAUUUGAGCACUUCGCUUGUAUGGUUGAUCUUUAUGGUCGAGCUGGUCACUUGGAUAAGGCAAAGGAUUUUAUUCAUGAAAAUGGUAUCUCUCACUUGAGUGGAGUCUGGAGAUCAUUUCUAUCUUCUUGUAGACUUCACAAAAAUAUUGAGAUGGGAAAGUGGGUUUCUGAAACACUUCUUCAGCUUGAACCAUUAGAUGCAGGAACUUAUAUUUUGUUAUCAAACAUGUGCGCUACCACUGAUAGCUGGGAAGAGGCAGCUAAAGUGAGGAGCUUGAUGCAAAAGAGAAGGGUUAACAAAGUCCCUGGUCAAUCUUGGAUCCAACUGAAGAAUCAAGUCCACACUUUUGUCAUGGGAGAUAGGUCGCACCCACAAGACAAAGAGAUAUAUUCGUACUUAGAUGAGCUGAUUGGAACAUUGAAGGGAAUUGGGUACUCAUCUGAUGUGAAACUGGUGACACAGGAUGUAGAAGAAGAACAAAGGGAAGUGCUUCUUGGGUAUCAUAGUGAAAAACUUGCAAUUGUUUAUGGCAUCAUUAGCACAACUUCUGAGAUACCAAUUCGGAUAAUGAAGAACCUUCGGGUUUGUACUGACUGUCAUAGUUUUAUCAAAUAUACUUCUCAGCUUUUGCAUAGAGAAAUAAUCGUGAGAGAUAUUCAUCGAUUCCAUCAUUUUAAGCAUGGUCAGUGCUCUUGUGGAGAUUUCUGGUGAGCAAAGCCUGAGGAUCUCCUGCAUCUAAUCUUGCAAAGUCAUAAAUCAUUCUAGUGACAGUCUGCGGUCACCAUAAUUGGGAAGCACUUCACAUCUUAUUUUAUUUAAACCCUGUGAUGGAGCUAGAUAGAAAUUCAAUCGAGAAAGAAUGUAGCUCACAUUUGAUAAUUCUAGAAGACAAGCUUCCUAGUCCUCUCUUUUCAUCAUGAAAAUGCAGAUCAGUAGUCCCUGACUGAUAAUGAGAGAAAGUCAAUAUUGAAGAGGAAGAAGAAGAGCGACAAAAAAAAAAAAAAAAAAAGACUGAGGAAUCAGCCUACUUGAUAUCUCUCGUGCUCUGGAUUUACUAUGAUUGUGAUUAUCAAAAUACCAUAUGAGGUGAGUAAUUUAAACGUAAAAUGUUAUACUCUUGAAAGGUGAAUGGUUUAGAACUGCAGAUUUAGUGUCGCUGCCUUGAGGUUGAGGUAGCUUUGUUGGGAAGACAGGAUCCCCAUUAUUGAUUCAGUGAGAAGUAUUAAACUGUAUGACGCAAAAUUAGACAGUUUCUAUUCUUCUCUAAAUCUCUGUUUUGAGUCUUGCAUUUUGUUAGAGCUAACUACUAGAGAUGAGAUGUGUUACCGAAUAUCUAACAUGUUACCGAAUCCACUGUUGAAUCA